UCGGCCUGCUCCCCGGCCGGGGCCGAAAUCGACCUAGUGAGUCCCUCGCGGGUGAACCAGGCCACAACAGAUAGUAGGCGGGUGGUGUCCCAAAGUGCAACUCACCGCCGCGCUGGCUCAGCGUGGCGGUGAGGAUGCACAGACGGUGGUAGUGGCGCGAGGUGUGUAUGGACACUGUUCCCGCGGCAGUAAUGCAAAGCGGCAAACUGCACCUGGCAACCACCGUCGCGGAAAGCGUGGCCCACGAAGCUGGAGGAGUAGAGAGAUUCGUAAACACCACGUCAGUAAGCACCGCUCGCGGGAGAAGGGAGACAACCGCGGGCACCGCGGGGAGGGAGUGCUGCACCCUCCUCGUCAAAACACCACAGGCAAGAACCGAGCUCUGCAGAGAUGGAUUGAUGCGAGGAAACUCGCCGCUCGGAAAAGACGGAAGAAAGCACACCCGCAACGCGAGGUGGACCGAGAGAGACACGAGACCGCAGCGGCCGUCAAGGCAGCUGCGAAGAAGAAGGCACGAGAGGGCGACCUAUCGCUCGGCACGUUCAACGUACGCACGCUCGUCUACAGCGAAUUGUUCGGCGACCGGCUGUGAUGUGAUAGGACUUCAGCAGACCCGACGAGUGGGGCAAGGUUCAACUGCACACGACGGGUACGUGAUCAUCUGGAGUGGCGCCCGUGCUGGCACCAAGGACAAGAGGGGUGUACACGGUGUGGGCAUAGCGAUCAAGGAGGCCAUGUGGGAGAGUGUGGGCGAGGAAGGUAGGACGGUGGAGUGCAUUAGCCCGAGGCUGAUGAAGGUGCGUCUACAAAUUGGCCGCACCUGCGGAGUAACUUUCGUGGUGGGGUACGCCCCCACGGAAACUGUCCGCACCACCGCGGGCGGUGAUGUUAACGCCAAGGACUCCUUCUGGACUGCUCUCGACGCAGCGAUCCGGGAGGUUCACAGCCGUGACCAUCUCGUGGUGCUAAUGGACGCCAACGCACGCACUGGUAGGAGGCGAGAAGGGUGCUGCGAUGCCAAGAAUAUGGGCGCGUACGGACACGACAUUAUGAACAA